AGAGGAAAAGAACAGAAGGGAAGAGCCUCUUUUUCUCUUGUAUAUGUGAGCGUGACAGCUCUCGUGGAAGGGGCUCCAGAAAUCGGGCCUUGUGGGAAAGCAAACAAUGGUGGACAUCUCGCCUCGCCAUCACUGACUGUUAGAAGAGAGGUGCUGGGUAUUCGAGCACAAGAUGUUUGAGAGCUGCACUGCACCAAAGUGGGAGCAGAUAUGACAAUGGAGCUUUAGCAGCCUGGAUCUCAGACAGAAGAUUUCGGAGUUGGAAAACCAAGAGUGGAAAACAUUGUGGUUUGUGAGUCAGGCUUUGGAAUAAAAGAUAUGUAACCUUCAUAGAUCAUUGAUCCCAUCUUGUCUAGAGAAGGUCUGCUCAGCUAGGUUUUAUAGUGCCAUGAAGAUUAAGCUCCACUCAAGGGCGUGAGAAUCUGAACAACAGGGAUGCAGAUGUGACUACAGACUGAGCCCAUGGCAUCCCCGGAGUCCCUUGCCCCACAGCCUACAGAGUCUAUGCCAACCGGUGUGGCACAGACCCCCCAGCAAGAGGAAGAGGAGGAUGAUGAAGACGAGGAGCAGGGAGAGCAGUUUCAGUUUGAUGACAGUGAAGAUGAGAACAAUGCUGGUUCAAACCCUGGGGAAAUUAAGGACAUUGUAGCUUCCUCUGCUGAGACCGGACUUCAGGAAGUUGCUUCAGGUCACAGCACAAACUCUAAUGCACUUUACAGUCAACCGGUGAAGAGUGUCCCAGUCACUCGUCGUGAGGAACUAAAUGUGACCUCUGCUGGUCAGGAGUGUCAAACUGUUCCUUGGCAUCCAGACAUAAGCUCUGAUAUAGUAGUCAGGCAAUCUCCUGAUGAACAUUCUGCGUCUUUUGAGCCAAGAAUCACAGAGGAGGCCAAAUGCAUGUGGAAGAAAAACACAAACACAAAUGAAGGAAAGCAUGCUUCUGAAGCAGAUGGAGGCUUGCCCUCUUCUUCCUCAGAGGUAUAUCCAAGUCCUCCCCCUGACACAGAAGUGAUUUAUGAUGAUGUCCCAUGUGAGAACAUUCCCUCUCCUGAUGCAGGUGAUGAUAUGAUCUACGAGGACGUGCAGAGGCCUGAGGUAUCGGCAGAGAAGAUGGAUAACGGCUGGAGCUCCAGUGAGUUUGAGAGCUAUGACGAGCAGUCGGACACAGAGACCUGCUUAGCGAAGCCUCGGACACGCAGCAAGAUUUCUCCUGAUGUACGCCGCAUAAAGGAGCAUUGUGCCCGGACCAAACGUGAACUGGCCAUGCGAUUAGGGGCACGAGACGUCAGCCAGAUCAAACAGGCCAUCAAGGUCCAACAGCUCAUGAAGGCCGCCCGGAAUGGCACUAAAGAUGGACUGGAAAAGACUAAAAUAGCCAUGAUGCGCAAAGUGUCCUUCCUGAAUAAGAAAGAAAACACAGAUGAGACAGAAGAUGACUCUGGUUACCUAGAUGUGACAGUUUCUGAAGUGAAACAUCCACCACCGCAACUUUCUCCUAUGCCAGAGGGUCUCACUAGCCAACAGACUGUAAGACGUCACAUUCUUGGCUCUAUUAUCCAGAGUGAGAUAAGCUACUUGGAUUCCCUCCGAAGGAUUCUGAAAGAUUACCAAAAGCCUUUACUGGAGGCUGAGCCACGUAUCCUGAGCACUAGAAAGAUCCAGCCCAUAUUCUACCGGGUGAAAGAGAUCCUGCAAUGCCAUGCCAUGUUCCAGAUCGCCCUGGCCUCCCGUGUGGCCGAAUGGGACCAAGUAGAGACCAUUGGGGAUCUGUUUGUGGCCUCUUUUUCAAAAUCAAUGGUUCUGGAUGUCUACAGUGAUUAUGUCAACAACUUUACAAAUGCAAUGGCUCUCAUCAAGAAAGCCUGCGUGUCCAAGCCUGCGUUUCUGGAAUUUCUUAAAAAAAGGCAGGCUGUCAGCACAGACAGGAUCACCCUUUAUGGCCUAAUGGUGAAGCCAAUCCAACGUUUCCCUCAGUUUAUACUUCUCUUACAGGACAUGCUGAAGAAUACUCCGUCUGGUCACCAGGAUCGGCUGCCUCUGCAGCUGGCUCUGACUGAGCUGGAGACCUUAGCCGAGAAGCUGAAUGAACAGAAGCGUCUAGCAGAGCAACUCUCUGAGAUCCAGCAACUAACACGCAGCAACAGCGAUCGUGCCCUUAGCAAGCAGCUGAACUCAGAUCAGAAACAGCUGAUUCUGUGUGAAACCCUGAUCGAGACAGUGUAUGGGGACAAGGGGCAGGUUCUCAAGUCCAAAGAACGCAAGGUCUUCCUCCUCAACGACCUACUGAUCUGCGCAAACAUCAAUCUCAAGGGGCUUCCGGAUAUCAGCAGCCUGGUUCCUGCUGGCCCAAAGUACAUGGUGAAAUGGACAGCUCCUCUGCAGCAGGUUCAGGUGGUAGAGGUGGGUCAGGAGAACUCACAGAACAACGACAGCGUUUACCAGCCAAGCGGGAACAAACGCCUCAUCUCUGCCAACUCACAAGGCAAGCUGUUUCUGGGGCCACCCAAACUGUACCAAGAACUGCAGGAGCUCCAGCAUGACCUCUCAGUAGUGGAGGAGGUCACACUCCUAGUGGGUACACUGCAGGGAUCCUAUCAGAAUCUUAACACAACGGUGGGGCAGGACUGGUGCCUGGCUCUGCAGAGGCUCAUCCGCAUCAAAGAGAGCGAGAUCCAGUGUGCCAACAAGUGCCGCUUGCGGCUAAUGGUGCCCGGCAAGCCUGACAAGUCUGGGCGUCCAGUCAGUUUCACAGUGGUUUUCAACACUCCCAGCCCAAUCAGUAAAAUCUCAUGGGUCAAUCGCCUGCAUCUUGCUAAAGUCGCUCAAAGGGAAGAGAACUUGCCUGGUUGGGUGUGUGCAGAGGAUGAUGAGAAAACUAAGCCACCGUUCUGGUGUCCACUCCUGGCAUGCCGUGUGCCCGUGUUCUCUCCAAAAGCUCAAGAUCUGAAGCUCCAGAUGGCCCUUCACAAUCCAGUCCAGUGUGCUCUGUUGGGUUUCUCUGCAGCAAGCACCUCUCUGCCUCAGGGCUAUCUUUGGGUGGCCAGUGGUGGAGAUGAAUCGUAUGGACAGGUGGAGAUCUUCUCCCUGAACAGACCCACUCCACGCUCAGUGAAGAGUUUCCUUCUGGCCUCCCCUGCGCUGAGCAUUGAAUAUGUCACAGAGGCCCGCACUGAAGAAAAUGAAGGACAAGUAUCGGAAGGAGCUGCCAGAAUUGGGAACACCAUCUGUGUGGGGUUACAAGAUGGCAAUAUCCUAGUUUAUGGCAACGUGGAUACUGCUGCCCAGUGCCUCCUGACCUUCCAAAACCCUGAAGGUUGUCCUGUUCUGUGCCUAACACACACAGACAAAUUCCUCUUCGCUGGACUGACUAAUGGCAAAGUUGCAGUUUAUAGCAAAAAGAUUCCAGAAGCUCUGUGGGAUCCAGAUUCCAGCCGACUGCUUGUGAUCGGAUAUGCUCCUGUGCUCAAACUCCUCAAUAUAGAUGAGUGUGUGUGGGCUAGUUGUGCAAACCAAGUGGCUGUGAUUGACGGCUGUAAUCUCACCACACAGAGCUUUGACGCUCACCCAGACCCCAUGGUGAGUGUGACGCACAUGGUGCGAGCUGGUGGAGGAGUGUGGAUGGCGUUUUCAGAGGGCUCGUCACUUCGGCUCUUCCACACUGAAACUCUGGAGCACCUACAAGAGAUCAACAUCUCAACACGUUCCACAUAUCUGAGCCCAGGUCAGACUGUGUGUGUCACCAGCCUGCUUAUCUGCCAGGGUCUCCUGUGGGUGGGCACAGCCCAGGGCAUCAUCAUCACCCUGCCAGUGCCAAAGCUGGAGGGCAUCCCGAAAAUAACAGGCAAAGCGAUGACCUCCCUCAAUGCUCACAGUGGCUCUGUGGACAUCCUCAUAGCCACAUCAAGUAUUUUGUCCCCUGACCUGUUAAAGCGGGACUCUCUGGCUGACGGGACUGAUUCAGGUAGUGGAGGUGAGGACUUGAGCCACUCGUCUCAGGAGUCACUACAGCAGCAGGUAGAAGGCUUGUCUCAUAAGGAAACCAAAUCCAAAGGGGUGCUACUUCAGUACCACCUCCGCUCCACCUCCCAGCUCCCUGGAAAGCUUCUGACUGCUCAGCCUGAAGUGGUAUCCAAUUCCUCCCAGGAGUCUCUGGAGCACACUACGGAGGAUGGUUCUAUCUAUGAGCUGAGUGAUGACCCCGAGGUUUGGGUCAAGGGCCCAGGACCAUCCACAAAGGAUGGAGCACGGAGAGAAAGGGUCAUGUCAUUCGCCGUUAUAUCAGGAGGAAGAGGAUUCCGCAGACUCCAUGCAGCUGGCUCCUCCUCUUCUUCUUCUUCUUCUUCUUCUUCUUCUUCUUCUGGAACCAAUGAGAUUACCCUUAUGGUCUGGCAGCUCCCACUGACCAUCUGAAACAAUGACGUAAAGACACUGAAGUAUCUUCAGCAAGACAGGAAUUGGAAAAUUUCGUCCGACCUGUUUUAUCAGGACAAUAGUCCACUUCGUCAACUAGCUUCUCCAUCUUCACCAUUAUAGAACACAUCUUAAAUAUGUAGGAUUUUCAGAUACAUCAAAAAAAAGAAACACAUUUCCAAAUGUCAAAAUGAUUACAUGUAAUUAUAUGCCCAAGCUGCAUGUUGUUCUUCUAGAUGGAAACCAGAAGUCGUUGUGAAUAUAUUUAAAAGGGUUGUGACUCAUCUAAUCUUUAUGCAUAAUGAAAAAAAGUGUAUUUGCUGAAUGUGGUACUGGAACGGAUGUAACCAGAUGCUGUACAGGAAAGGAGUAAAUGUCAACAUCUUCGAGUCAUUCUAGUUCAGUUGUUAUUUUUUUUCCCUCCAUUUGUCCAAAAUGUGAAUGAGAGCAAAGGAUUUUUCACUUGGCUUAGGUACUUAAUAUUUCUGGUACUUAUUUCACACUGUGUCACUUUGUUAUUUUCUAAAAGAAAAAAGAAAUAAAUGUGUUUAUGAUAAUUUAUAAAUA